AUGAGUGGAGAGAUUCCACGGAGCAGGUCAGAGGGAACUUUGAUUGAUGUGGAUGACCGGACACCUUCAGCCAGCUACAAUGUCAAUGAAAAUAAACUAGGUUUGGGUGUUGACUGGACAAAUGGAUUCAAACAUGCCCAUCCUGUUUCCAAGACUAAUCCUUUCUGGAAUGAACUGUCAGCCUCCAACCCUUUCGUACAUGACAUAGCUGCUUCAAAUCGAAGUGAAAAUAAUAAAUAUCUUUCAGUAUUCAAAGAAAAGUCCUAUUUGUUCUCAAAAGUUUCUAGCAACAGGGAUUCUUUGGCUUCCUCAGGUGAUGAGCUAGAUAUUGAUUGUCUUCUAAGAAGGACUUCAGCAAGAAGAUCUGCACGAUCCAAGAGUAUCUCUGACUUUCUGGAUAUUGUUGAUAACCGAAGAUUUAACUCUUGCAAGACAACACCUCAAAAAACUACAGCUUCAGAUGUGAUAAUGCUUCAGAAAGACCGUGAAGCUUACAAGAUGGCUUGGUUGAGUCAGCGACAACUCACUCGUUCUUGCCUAGAUUUAGAAGCCAUGAGCCAUAGUCCUGGAUGGGCACAAACACAAGCUACAGACAUUCAUGUAGUUUGUCGACUGAAUCAUGAAGGGGGUUCAGUACAGCUUCCUGACUCAGAUAUCAAUGUUCAUGUCCCUGUGGGUCAUGUAUUACCUGGGGAAAUCCAAGAAGUUGGUUUAAAGGCUAUUCUUAACCCUCCAUCGUCAUUCAACAAUGAUCUGUCUAGCACCAUAAGUCCUCUGAUAGAACUUACGCUGAGCAACCUGAACACGUGGGAAGCCAUUUUCUUAGAAGUGAAAGUCGCGGCUAAAUUGAAGAACGAUCCACUCAGCCAAGUAAUGAGUGAUAUUGUGUGUUUUUUUAGUCUCAGUAAAGAAGGGCCUUUUAAGAAGCUAGAGAAUUGCUACACAUAUCAGGAUACCAUACAAGUGAAGCUAAUGGACCUAAGUCAUGUGAUGUAUGCAGUGAUUGCUGUACAAGCAAACAAAAUCCAGCCUCCAGCAACUAAUGUCUGGGACUAUGUUCAUAGAAUGGUCUCUGUUGGAAUUUAUGGUCCCAAACAUAUUCAUCCAUCUUUUACAGCAGUUUUUACAGUCUUCGGUCAUAACUACAUUCCAGGAAAACUCACAAUUUGUGAUAUAAAAAAGGGAGGGAAAAGUAUGCCUCCCGUUGUGUUUCAGCUGUGGGAAAAACAUACAUUUCUACUUGAAAAGCCACAAGAUCUAAACAUUUCUUUGGUAUCCUGUGAUCCAGAUUUUGAAGUGAAGAUGGAAGAUCAAAGCAAAAAUAUUAAAGAAGAGGAACUGAAAACUGGUGAAAUGGUCCGCCACCAAUUCUUGUUUUCCAUGCUUGGUUGCAGGGAGAUGCAUUUCUUUGUUUUCCUUGUCCAGAUUAAAGUCUUAAAAAAUAGCCAAGUAACACAGUUCCAUGUUAAGACUCCUGAUCCAGCUCCAAAAUUAGGUGGAAUUAUCAGUAGGCCAAAACGCUUACAAAACCGCAAAGAAAUCAAGUCUGCCCCUUUGCUUUUAAUACCAACAGUUAAAUAUCCAAAGUUUCAAGAUAAAACUUUGAGUAUUAAUACUUAUGGAGUGGCUUUGAAAACUGUGUUACGCCAAAAUAAGAUUGACUAUUUGCUAGAAUAUUUUAAAGGAGACACAAUAGCACUUCUUGGUGAAGAUAAAGUAAAAGCCAUUGGACAAACUAAAAUAAAAGAAUGGUACGUAGGAGUUCUUAGAAAAAAGAUUGGUCUUGUACAUUGUAAAAACAUAAAAGUUAUUUCCAAAGAACAAGCUAUGGACACUGCUGAUAGUGAACUAACAACCAGGAAUCUUGUUGAACAAAUUGCAUUGCCAUUCAAAAAACUGACUUACAUCUACUCAGUAGUUUUGUCUACAGUAUCAGAGAGUGUUUAUGACUGGAGAGCUUUGGCUGAGGUGCUAGGAUAUUCACAUAUGUCUUUGGAUGACUUUAAUGAGGCACAUGCUGAUGAAGAAUCAGAGAGAGUUGCACACGUCAUGAAAAGGAUGAAGGAAGACUGCCAUGCUAAUAAAAAAAGAAGACUAUUUCUUUAUGAACUCAUUGUU